CAGGACAAGUAUCUUCUAUCCAGUUAUCUCCUUGAUGAGCAACAUAUGAGCUAAGUAACGCGGCAUUGGCCGCGACCCUACAGCAACGUGCAGCCUGUUUGACUAGCCUCCUAGGCUUUUUGGAUUGGAUCCCAAGUUUCCGGAUUACUCAUCAUUUUCUCCAUCGCAUCGAUCCCAAGUUUCCGGAGCUCUACUCAUCAUUCUCUCCAUCGCAUCGAUCAUUCCAUUCCACUCCAUAGCUUGGGUCGGUGAUGGUGAUCGAGCACAUAGAUCUGGUGGCCGAUGCGCUCAAGCUCGCCUAUCGCAUCGUGAGGAACUACCAGGAUGUCCCCAAGCAGAGAGGUAAAUGCCGGGAGCUGAUUGACCAGGUGUGUAGGCUGGCUCGCCUCCUCCAGGAGCUCCAAAACUCGCGAACGCCGCAAGCGCCACUCACCCCUCAGGCCAAGGCAUGCUUCGAGGGCCUCAACAAAUGCCUCGAGGACGCCUACAGGGUUUUGGAGAAGACAUCGAGGGCCAGCAUUCUCCGCUACAUUUUCAUGAGCAAGGAGGUUAACGAAGAUUUGAGCGUCGUGUCCGGCAGUAUAGAUGGCUUCCUCAAGUCCGUCCCGCUGGUGUGCUUGACGGUGACUGUACGAAUACUAAGAACUGUGUGUUUGCAGAUCCAAUUCACGCAAGCAACGGCAAUCCAAACCGACGUGAAGGAGCUGGCGAGCGCAUUCUCCAAGCUGAGCACGGAGCUCCAGCAUAAGAGCGCGUACACGCAAGAGCAGCAAGACCUUGCGGACGAGGUGUUGUCGAUAUUGCGGAGCAGGAGGACUGAAGAUGAACAAGAGAGCACCUUGGACAAGCUUCUAGCGUGGCUCGCGGAGAAAUUCGAGUCGGACAUGGAGACCGUGCGCAGGGAAUGGCAGGUAAAGUACUCUUUUGCCGAUCGAAAAGUUUGCCAAAUGGAAAGUCUCUUUUCACGCCAGGACAUGAAGCGAUCGAAGAGCGAUUUGAUGACACAAGUUGGCACGACUUCUUCUUCCAAGCAGAGGAUCGAAGAAAAGCUCUUGGAGCAGAUCAUCUUCUGCAUCGACGAGAUCGAAGUUAAUGGCAAAGUCUUGGAGGUGGACGCGGCUGGCAUCCCAGGAGAGUUUCUUUGCUCCGUCUGUCACGACUUGAUGAAGCGACCGGUCCUUCUCACGUCCGGCCACUCCUACUGUAGACACUGCAUCGAGCGGUGCUUUAGCAACGGUCCUGCCGUCUGUCCAAACUCGAGAGCUCUUGUGCAACCCGACUUGCUCAUCGACAACAUUGCCUUGCGAAAUGCCAUCGCCAGGUGGAAGCAAACAGCUUCUCCUGCGCACGCCGAGGAUGUUGACGAACCAGUUGUGGACGUGGUGGAGAGAAGCUACGACGAGGGCUUCGUUCUCCAGACGGUCUCGGAGCUUGAGUCCGACAACCAUAUCAAGCAGCUCAGGGCGCUCAACUGCCUGCUCGAAGUCGCGUCAUCCACAAGUGGAGCAGCAUCAAUCCUCCAGUCCGGAGGCACAGCACAGCUUGUAAAACUGCUCAAGUCAUCCAGGAGAAUGGUGGUGGAGAAAACCGCAGCUAUUCUUGCGCUCAUGACUUCCAGACAAGCUACUGCCGAUGAUACAGGACAGGUUGUGAGCGAGAUCUUUGAGCACUGCUUGGAUCUGGUCACCACAGGAACGGGGACGGUUCGACUGAAAUCCGCGGAGACCAUCACCAACUUGCUAUCGAUUCCCGAGGCCACGGAGUUCCUCCUCUCUCAGGUGGGAAUUAUUUCAUCCUUCGCGGCACUGGCUACCGAGUCUGAAGAUGGCAUGGACAUUUCCCUUCGAUGCCUCCGGAAGCUAUCGAGAAACAAGGACGCAAGUUUUAGCGGUGACUCCUCUUUGGUAGCAUGUCUCCUCGAUCUUCUCAAGUCGGAGGAAGAUUGCAUUGUUCAAGAGUCGGUUCUGGCACUCAAGUCCGCAGUGUCUUCCGGAUCGUCUCGAGCUUGCGCGGUUUUGAAGAAGAAGAAUGCUGUAUCUCACCUGGUUCGCUGCGCAGCUUCAUUAUCCGGGGACUCUCAGGAAGCCGCAAUCACAGUACUGGAGCACUUUGCCAAGAACGAAGGCUUCAGUGACUUGGUCGAAGCGGGAUACCACAGAUUCAUCGUGCAGCUGGUUUCGGCAUUUCAUCCCUCGGACAACGCGCUUCUGCUCGCGAGCAUACUCCGUCUGUCGGCCGGCUGUCUAGACUUGCAGCAGGACUGGAGUUUCGAACUUGGUGACGUGCAAAGGCUGACGUCUCGCCUCAUGGAUACGCUCCAAGUCAAGGACUGCACGGCCGAGGCGCUCGAGCUCCUCAAAACGCUGUGUUCCAAGGAUCCCGCAUGCAAGGAGCUUGUGGUCGAAAACGAUGGCGUCACAGUUCUGCUGGUGCUUGCAGUCUCGCCACGCUCAACGUGCAGGAAGGGAGCUCUUGCUGUGCUCACAACUCUCCUACGCUCGAGUGCAUGCCAGGAGGAGUUUUCCAGAGCUGGAGGGAUUGGAGUGCUUGGCAACACCAUACAGACAGAUGACAGUGCCGAGUGCGUCACGGAGGCUAUGGUAUCGCUGGGACUCUUGGCAGGCAACGGCAAGCUGAGGCAUCUGGCACUCAAGAGCUUGGAUCUUUACAAGCUCCUGUGCUGUUGCAUUGACGAGAAUUUCCCCGAGCAGUGCAGAGAAUCAGCCGCGUCUCUUGCGCUGUGGUCACUGGCUGAGAGGAGCGAUGUCAUAGUGUCGAAGCCAAGCCUCAAGCAGCUUGGCUACGUGCUACAGCAUGGCCGCAGCAAAACCAUCAGAACGAAGGUGGCGGAGAUAUUGCUGGUGCACGCUAGCAGAGGAGGAGAGGAGGGACUGGCAAGCCUGGGCGGAUCGAGCCGGCUCCAUCUCGUAGAGCUGGCGGAUGAAGCAGGAGAAACAUACAGAGAGCUGCUACUCUCCUUUGUGAGCCGCAGCAGACCAUGUACGCAGGAGGAGAUCCCGCUCCUCCUUGAAGCGUUCUCGAGGAGCGAGUACAUGGACGACGCGGUAGCAUCGAUCAGAAUCCUGGUGGAGAGCAGCACCUCGUCUCACUCGGUGCUUUUGGCAGCGGGUUUCGGACACACCGGCUUGGAAGCUCUCAAGUCUGGCCGCUGCGGGGAGCCAUGCAUUGACGAUAUCUCUGCGUCGCUGGUUCUUCUUUAUUCCUGCUGCAGCCAGCAGCAGUGCGAAGCGUCGCCCAAAUACGUCCAAGCGCUGAUGAAGCUCCUGACGAUGGAUGCCCCAGGCAGCGUGACAAGAGCAGCAGUGUGCUUACUCUCCUCUUUCGCCCACCACGACGGUGCAUGCCUCCAGGGUCCGCUGAAAACUUCUUCGCACGCGAUCAAGCCGCUCUUGUCCGUGCUGCCACAGGCGAGGCUCGAGGCUCUGGAGUUGCUCUCCAUCGCCGUGGAGGAUUCUUCCCUGAAGGUAGAGCUUUACAGGCAAGGUGCCAUCCCAAAGCUGAUAGAGUGCCUUUCUCCGGACAACGAUCGGGUACAGGAGUUGGCAAUCUCCAUUCUCUUGAAAAUCGGUGCACUGAGCGAGGCCAUGGAAGGUAUCCGCGGCAGUAUGAUCUCCAACGGGAUCAUGAACCACUUGCUCAACAUCCUCCAGAAGACUGGCGAGAGAUCACAAGCCGCGGUCGUAAACAGUGCCUGUCUCAUCCGCAACCUCGCCCGCAGCCUUAGUUCCGGAACCGAUAACGCACUCAGGAUCUUGCUGGCCGUCUACAAGUUCUGCCUCACUAACAGCCGCCGGGAAGGCUACGUUGAGAGGAUAACGUACGUGAUUUCCGCUCUGGAGACGCUCACCGUUCCGGGCACUCAGCAACUGAAGCUGCUGCUGAGAGACAGCAUCCCCUUCCUCGUCAAGCCGCUGCAGGAAGACUACGCCAGCCAAGGUGACCACGACGAGAAGAUCAAGAGGAGCGCCCUGGCAAUCCUGGCAAGCCUGUUGCAGGAAGCAAGCCUGUGCAAGGAAGUGCGCAGCAUGCUUCUCACCCGUGCCUCCGUGUCGGCCUUGAGGAAUAUCAUGGACAAGUCCAGCAGCAACGAGUGCAAGACGCGCACUCUCAAUCUCUUGGCCAAGCUCAUGACCUCCGCCUCCAGCUUGAAGGAGGUAAGCAAGAUGAUGCGCGAGGAUGACUGCAUCAGCGUGGUGUUUAGACUCACGCAGCUACACGAGUGCUCCAUCCCUGCCACCAAGUUAAUCGAGUUGAUGAAGCAGGACAGAAGUACGAGAACGUACAUCGAGGGAAACUUGUUCCCAUGGCAGAGAACCACCUCGGCACCGGCAAUGAGCAGAGGUGUGUAGAGAAAGUAGACACAGUGUUGUACUGUCCAAAUUGUAUAAACGAGAAUGUUUUCAUUU